AUGUGUACUAUAUAUUAUUUAUUAUACUAUGUGUAUUAUGUAUUAUUUAUUAUGCAUUUGUUAAUUUAUUUUAUUAUUUAUUGUGUAUUGUGUAUUAUAUUCUGUUUAUAUUUAUAUUGUAAAUUUCUUUUGUGUAUGAAGACAGCAAAGAGAGAAGUCCUCCCAAAGUAUAAAAUAGUGUUCCUGGGUGAUACAGCAGUGGGUAAGACCACUUUAAUCACUAAAUACGUAUUCAGCACAGAAACAAAAGAUUACCACCCUACAAUCGGAGUGGAUUUCUUUGCACAGAAGACAGAAAUCGCUGGUAAGACAGUAAACCUACAGUUAUGGGACACAGCAGGCCAAGAAAGGUUCAGAUCCCUUAUACCUAAUUAUACAAGAGACUCUUUCAUGGCUGUAAUUAUGUUUGACCUGACUAGAAUCGAUACUUUCAACAGGAUUGAUGGCUGGAUCACUGACUUCGUACUAAAAAAUAAUUCCAAUAACUUAAAUAUUUUAAUUAUAGGUAAUAAACUGGACUUAUUGGAAAAUAGGAAUAAUGCACCGAGUGAAGAGGAGAUCCAGGAGAAGGUGAAGAAGUAUAAUGCCAGGUAUAUUGAGACAUGUUCAAUUACAACAGAAGGGAUAAGUAAAUUAGUAGAGGAGAUAAGUGAGACCAUAAAGAAUUCAACAGAACCAGAGCAGAACAUACCGGAGUUCACCAUAGAGACAGAUAAUAGUAAGAGAUGUUUAUGCUUAUAA